UCCCCAGUCCCCCCCGUGCCAGCUCAGUUUACCCGACGGCAAAUUCCCAUGACACGUCCCAUGGUGUCUUCCCCAAAACCCUAACCCCCAAACAGUCCGCUCCUCCUCCCCAGCCACCGCCGGCCGGCCAGGUCGCCCGCCGGAGGCCACGCCAUGGACUACAAGCCCGGGCUGCGGGUGCGCCUCCGCGUCACAGCCGCGCGGCGCCGCGCGUGGCAGUCCUCCGCCUGCCGCAAGCCCCCGCGCCGUGACCCGGCGGACACCGUGCGGAAGUUCAUGCGCCGCGAGAUCGGCGGCGGCCACCGCCGCCCUCCCCGGCCCGCCGCACCCUCCACCUCCGCCUUCUCCUGCCCCGAGAAAUUCCGCAACUUCCAGCUCCAGGAAGAAUAUGAUGCAUAUGAGACUGUCCAACUUCCGUCAUUGUGGAGCAGAAGGAAAAUUAUUGAGAUUGUUGCUGCAAAAGAUCUCAUCUUUGCACUUGCCGAAUCUGGUCUUUGUGGUGCAUUUAAUCGGACAACAAACAAACGGAUAUGCUGUUUGAAUACAAGUCCUGAUGAAAUGAUUAAGAGCUUGUUCUAUAACAAAAACAAUGAAUCCCUUAUCACUGUUUCAGUUUAUGAGUCAGAUCGUUUCAGUUCGCUGAAGUGCAGAACAACUCCAAUAGAAUACAUUCGAAGAGGCCAAUUAGAUGGUGGAUUUCCUUUAUUUGAAACCGAGUCUCUAAGAUAUCCUGGGUUUGUUGAGUUUGAUGAUGUCAAUGGCAAGAUAUUGACUUUUUCGGCACAUGAUAGUACCUACAAAGUUUUUGAUAUAAAGAACUACAAAUUUCUGUAUUCUAUAUAUGACAAGGACAUCCAGGAGAUAAAAAUAAGCCCAGGAAUCAUGCUUGUGAUAUACCAGAAGGCAAGUAAUCAUGUCCCGCUAAAGAUAUUGUCAAUCGAGGAUGGAACACCGUUGAAAACCUUCACUCAGUUGCUGCAUCGAAAUAGAAAGGUUGACUUCAUCGAGCAGUUCAAUGAAAAACUUCUCGUGAAGCAAGAUAAGGAAAACCUACAGAUUAUUGAUGUCAGAAACGCUGGUCUGAUUGAGGUCAACAAAACAAAGUUCAUGACCCCUUCAGCGUUUAUCUUCCUCUAUGAAAACAAUCUGUUCCUGACAUUCUGCAAUAGAACAGUAGCUGCUUGGAAUUUUCGUGGAGAGCUAGUUACAUCGUUCAAUGACCAUGAGUUGUGGCAUCCUAACUGCAACACAAACAAUGUAUACAUCACUGCAGACCAGGACUUGAUUAUCUCAUAUUGCAAAGUUUCAAGAGAUGGCAGAAAUGAUGAAGGCCCGGAAGCUUCCCCCAUGGGAUCAAUCAACAUGAGCAGCAUCUUCACGGGGAAGUGCGUCACCAAGAUCUCCCCCCUCGAUCCUACUCUCACAGUCGCUCCUCGAAGGAGAGGCGACAGCAGCAGGUCCACUAUUACGAGCACCGUUUCCGAUGCCCUCGAGGACAUCACUGCGCUCUUCUACGACGAAGACCGCAACGAGAUCUACACCGGGAACAGCAAAGGUCUGGUGCAUGUGUGGUCGAAUUAGUCUCGCCCUUGCAAACCCCCUAAUCUUGUAAAUACCUCUUUUGUACCUGGAUUUCUUUUCGGUCAACAUACCGAAAUGUAAUGGCCAAUCUGGUCUGAUUAUAGUGCGAUUGUACCCGGAUUCGAUUUUCUGUUGCACCAAUAGUGCGGUUGUACCCGGAUUAUUUUCUGUUGCACCAUUGUGGGAGAAUAAUCGAAUGUAGAUUCCGAGAGUCAUCCUUAGGAGGAAGGUUUUCUCA